UUGCGGAUGGAGGGGGAGUCGAGCCGUGGGGCUGUCAUGGCGACUAACAUCGAGCAGAUCUUUCGGUCCUUUGUGGUCAGCAAGUUCCGGGAGAUCCAGGAGGAGCAGGAGCAGCAGCAGCAGCUGGGCGGUGGAAAGGUAGAAGGCCAGCAGAAUGGUGAAACAGUCCCAGCUGAGCAAGCAAACACUUCAGAUGACACAGUUACGGGUGCUGGGAGUCUUCAGAAUGAUCAGAUAGUUCAGAAAAUAGAGGAAGUACUGUCUGGGGCCCUUGAUACAGAGCUACAGUGUAAAUCAGACAAGGCCCAGCUACUUGAAAUAGCCAAAGCUAAUGCAGCUGCCAUGUGUGCUAAGGCUGGUGUCCCCUUACCACCAAGCCUACUGCCUAUUAUAGCUCCAGCAAAGAAGGAGGAGAAAGUUACUCAGAAGUCAGCAAGAGAUACAAUAAAGGAGCUCACUGAGAAAUGCAAGAAGAUUGCACAAAGCACAGAUGACGUGAUCGUGAACAAGCCUCAUGAUUCUGAUGAAGAGGAGGAAGAACGCCCUUUCUACAAUCAUCCUUUUAAACUCAAUGAACCUAAACCCAUUUUUUUCAACUUAAAUACCACUCCUAUCGUAAAACCAGCACCAAAAAAUCAGGUAACUUUGACAAAGGAGUUCCCUGUCUCAUCUGGGUCUCAACACAGGAAAAAGGAAGCUGACAGUGUCUAUGGAGAAUGGGUUCCAGUUGAGAAAAGCAAAGAAGAAAGCAAAGAUGAUGUUUUCCCCAAACCAGCUCUUGCACAGACUGUGGACAUCUCUACAGCAAUGAAUGAACGAACAAUGGCUCAGAAGAGGCUUACAGAAAAUACAUUUGACUUAGAGGCCAUGUGCUUGUUAAAUCGUGCACAGGAACAGAUUGAUGCUUGGGCGCAGUCAAACUCUCUGCCGGGCCAAUUCACAGGAAGUACUGGAGCACAGAUUUUGUCCUCAGAUGAGUUGUCCAACAGUGGUCCCCAAGCAUGGAUUAGAAAGGAUCAGUUCUUAAGAGCAGCCCCUGUAACUGGAGGAAUGGGAGCCCAACUGAUGAGAAAAAUGGGCUGGAGAGAAGGAGAGGGAUUAGGAAAAAACAGAGAAGGAACUGUGGAGCCUAUCCUAGUGGAUUUUAAGACAGAUCGAAAAGGCCUUGUUGCAGUGGGAGAAAAGACACAAAAGAGAUCGGGACAUUUUAGUGUAAUGAAGGAUCUUUCAGGUAAACAUCCAGUUUCUGCAUUGAUGGAGAUAUGUAAUAAAAGAAGAUGGUCACCACCUGUAUUCGUAUUGGUGGAUGAUAGUGGGCCUGAUCAUCGCAAACAUUUUAUCUUCAAGGUGAUGGUCAACGGGCAUGAAUACAGGCCUAGCUUUCCCAGCCUUAAUAAGAAGCAUGCUAAAGCCACAGCAGCAACUGCGGCUCUCCAAGCGAUGGGACUUGUACCAAAGGAAAGCAUGCCCAAUGCCACCAUCUUCAGGAGUGCCUCACACCGCUAGAUAUUGUUUUUUAUAUUGACAUUAUUUCAGAUAAUUUUAUUCUGCACAAGAAAGGUAUUUCCCCGUUUCAUGUUGUAAAUACAUUGGUGAUUCCCACAUUGUAAAAACUGUACAGACACCUUCAGGAUUUUCUUUUGUACCAUCAAAAAUGUAUUUAAAUCAUACUUAGUUUUUGGUAUGUUUAUAUUGUUUACAUUAGUGAUGUAAUUAUUUCUUAAAUGACUAAAUUCAACAGGCAGACUCUGGAGGGCAUCAGUAAUCUAAACCCUUGUUUUAAAACUCAUGCAAUUUCUCUUUGAACCUCAUGCAAGUUCUCUUCAAUAUGGAAUGUUAACACUUUCAUACUCUUUUGUACUAUAAUGCAGUUUUCCCUGGUCUUGGUAAAGCUACUGUUGUAGUACUUUUGCCUAUAGCCAGUACAAGGCUGCACAGCUUAUCAUAGUCUAGAAGAAGGCUGGUAUGUACUGCUGGACAGAUACUGGGCCAGUAAUGUUACCCCCUCCAAGAAGGUAGGUAAAUUGUGGCACUGUUGUACAAUGCUAACAUUACCACUUCUGUCUUGUUUGGGGUUUAAGUCAAUGGUGUACUGCAACUGGCCAUAUUGCUUACUUUUUAAAACUAAAAAGAAUAGGCAAAUGACCUGGUUUAAAUGGGAGGGAAGAAAGUCCAGCGAUGAAAUUGAUGAGAAUUGCAGUGUAAAAGUGUCUCUCCCCUGCAUGUCCUGGUAAGGAGAUAUGAAAUUGUCUAUUCCAAUCUCAAAUUAACACACUGCCUGAUGUUGAUUGUAUGAAUUUGUGGUUAAUGUGAAUUUUAAGCUAUAACAAAUCUACAACUGGAUGGGGGGUAGAAUGAUGCUUCAAUUGUUGUACCCAACUCAGUCAAUAAAGCCGCACAAGUUCAUAAUCUUAA